UAUAACAACAUACACUUACACUACGACUACUCAUUACUCAAUACUUUACCUCGCUCAUAAUCUCAUGGCUUUUGUUUUAACACUUAAAAACACAAAUUAAUAAUUAAAUUAUUGUACAAAUUGUUGUUCACCGUAAACUUAUUAAAGCUUGUUCGAUUUCAAAAAUCUUUAAUUAAAUUAAAUUCCUAUUAAAAACGACGUAGAUAGUCUAAAGCUACAAGUACCAUCUUCUAACAUAAAAUGGCUCAAACUGACGCAGCAAAAAAGGCCAAAGAAUUUCAUGAAACAUUAAAGGUUGAUGCGGAAAAUAGAAUUGUUCAAAAAUUCCCUGAAAGAAUAAUUCAUUUGAAUGAACUACUAAAGAGACCGGAAUUUAAUAUCGCAGACAUGACAAAAUUGAAGUGUAGCCUUGAUAUCCCAAUCGGGACGACAGAAAACAAUGUAAAUCAUUGUGAAGGAAAAACUCCUGGGAAAAGGCCUCGUGUUGAUAGUUCUAAUUCCAAUUCGGGUUUUCAGUCUAUGAUACCGUCUAACAAAAAUCUUACAGAAGUGAUUAAAAUUGUGAAACCAAAUAUUAAACAGUUAGUCGAAGAUACAAAUGCAUUGAAAAUGUGGGUAUCGUUGUUAAUACCGAAAAUCGAAGAUGGUAACAACUUUGGAGUAUCAAUUCAAGAAGAUACUUUAGCUGAAAUUCAGCAGGUCGAAGUUGAAGCAUCCAAUUAUCUUGAUCAAGUUUCUCGUUAUUAUGCUUCGCGGGCUAAAUUAGUUAGUAAGGUCGUUAAAUAUCCGUACAUUGAAGAUUACCGAAGAUCUGUCGAGGAGUUGGAUGAAAAGCAAUAUUUGUCUAUUUCUCUUACCAUGCACGAAAUUCGAAAUCGCUAUUCGACAUUGCACGAUAUUGUCAUAAAGAAUUUCGACAAAAUAAAAAAGCCUCGGUCGUCAAACACCGAUAGCCUGUAUUAAGAAUUUAAGAUUAAAACAUUAAAUUUAAUUAUUCAAA